AGCUGCUGAAUCUGAUUCUGAAGUCUGCCUCCUUCCUGACAGCACCAUGAAAGUCUCCGGAGUUGUUCUGUUCCUGGUCUUCUUCACUGCUGCCCUCUGCUGUCAGGUUCAUGCCUCUCCCGAUGGUCCCAGCACCCCAACUACUUGCUGCUUUGACUAUACCACCAGGAAGAUCCCUUUAAAGUUGGUGGUGAGCUAUGAAGUCACCAGCAGUAGGUGUGCCAAGGAAGGUGUGAUCUUUGUGACGAGACGUGGCUUCCAGAUCUGCACUAACCCCAAGGAACAAUGGGUGCAGGACAUCAGGAACCACCUGGACAAAAAGAAUGCCAAGACCCAGAGUCCAUGAAGCCUUCUGAUACUUCCUUCUGCCCAAAGCAUGGUUGAAGAAUAAUUUAUUUCCCUCCCACCUCCCAAAGCUGCUCUCUGCCACAUUUUAGUAUAAUUUAAAUAUGUUUGGUCUUAUUUAAAUUAUUAAUGUUUAACUUUAUGUGACAAAUAUUUGUGUCUUUAUUUCAUAGUUGAUAAAGAAUGAUGUUAUGGGAAAUAAAGCUGUACUAUGACUAUUGAACUUCC